AUGCCGCCGGGACAGACAGGGCUUGGGUACUUCUCCGUGCCAUUCGAACGGUUUGCACGCGACGAGAUAUCCGACUGGGCGAGUGGAUUCACCCUGCUAGAUACUCUGGAGACAUACUUUGACUCGCGGUUAGACCUCUUCCAACGCCAACUCGCAAAACGUAGCGAAAAGCUCAAGAUGCGCGCGGAAGAGACGAUCAACGACGUGUUCAAGAAGGAUCUCUUCAAACGACGAGGUUCGAUGCACACUACGCAGCAGCUCGAUAUGGAGAUGCAGAAGUUCAAGGCAAAGGUGUCUGCCAGAGUCACGAAACUAGCGGCAACGUGGCACACCUCCAACGUCGUACGGUUCCGUGAGAAGCUCACCUUCUUCUGGGGCGUGAUGUCCCUCUUGAUCACUUCCCUACUAUUUGGAAUGGCUCCUGAGUGGAUACACAUCGCAUACACGCUACAGGCCGCGUUCUACUUGCCCAUGCGUGUUUAUCUGUACAAGAAGCGGGCCUGGCACUACUUCCUGUUUGAUCUGUGUUACUACGCGAACAUCCUCAACUUCAUCUACAUCUGGUUCCUCCCAGCCAAUUCCGCCCUCUUUGUAGCUUGCUACUGCCUAUCACAUGGAUCGCUUGCCUCCGCGGUAAUCACAUGGAGAAACAGUCUCGUAUUCCACGACUUCGACAAAGUCACGUCCCUCUUCAUCCAUGUCUACCCUCCGUUGACAUUCUCUGUCAUCCGGCAUUACUAUCCGAACGCCGCAGAGCGCUUCCCCGCAAUAACGGCAGUACCACAACUCCAGCCUAUGAGGGCUCUGCUAUUGAGUGGCAUCAUCUAUUUGAUAUGGCAGGUGCUCUACUGGAAGUUCGUCUUCGUCGAUCGGCGCAAGAAGAUCGAGUCCGGCCAGCGCACGACGUCGCUGUCGUUCCUAUUGAACGAUAAGCGAGGCGUGAUUGGUCGCGCACUCUCGAGAGUGCCUCCACAGUAUCGCACGCUAGCGUUCAUGUUCGGACAGUAUUUAUAUUCGGUCCUAACCGAGCUUCCCGCCAUCCUCGUCCUGUACCGAAGUCCGUUCUGGAGUGGCACAUUCCUCAUAUUCAUCUUCGCUGUCAGCGUAUGGAAUGGUGGCGGUUUCUACAUCGAGGUCUUCGGUCGCAAGUUCGAACGCGAACUCGAGGCGCUGCGGAAAGAACUCGCAGAAGGGACCCACUCCCGUUCGAAUUCGACCAUGUCCAGCCCUACGCUCGUGCCGCAGGAUGAUGACGAUCUGUCUACCGUCAACGGCUCUCCGGACAUUGUUGCCAAGAACCUCUCCCCAGAGAUCCCGACCCCGGAUUUGCCCACGGAGAUCGGUACACACGCAACAUGA